AUGAUUGAUCUGAUAUUAUCUGCCGUUCAGGCAAUAAUGCAAGUCAUGACAAUUGUCUUUAUCGGAGCAACAUUAGCUUAUUAUGAUUAUAUUGACAAUGAUCAGCAAAGGUGGCUAUCAAGACUAAACAUGAUCUUUUUUACUCCUUGUUUAUUAUUCACAAAUAUUGCUUCAGUCGUGUCUUUGGAAAAGUUACUCGACUUGUGGCCAAUACCUGCAUUCUAUAUCACCUUUAUAUUCAUCUCUUGGGUUCUGUGUCAAUUAUUGAUGCCUCUAUUCAAGGUUGAAAUGCAACAUAGACGAUUUGUCCUUGCCUGUGUCUUGUUUAGUAAUACGAACUCAUUACCUGUAGCUAUCAUGUCAGGACUUGCUGUGUCUGAAUCAGGUAAAUCUUUAUAUUUCUAUACAGAUGAUACACAAGCUACUGUUUCAGCAAGAGGAAUUUCAUACAUCUUGUUCUUUGGCCUAUUUUCUAACCUUCUCAGAUGGUCAUAUGGAUUCAGUCUAUUGCGAAGAACGUCCAAAGACGAAGAGGAAAUCGUUGAUGUACAUACCUCAGAUACCUUUAGCCAAAGCAACCAAAACUCAUAUGGAAGCAUAUCAGCCACAGAGACAUCUGAAAAGGGUACGCAUCGAUUAAUAAAAAAAUUGAUGAGAACCAUUCAACAGUCAAUGUCACCUCCGCUCCUUGCCGCCAUCUUAGCUUUCUUGGUGGGCCUUUGUCGUCCACUCAAGCAUUUGUUAUACAGCAAAGACUCGUUUCUCUAUGGAUCCUUAACCCAUGCUAUUCAAUCCUGUGGGAAAGCAUCUGUUCCUAUCGUUCUCAUUUGUUUAGGUGCUCAGUUAAAGAUGAUUCGUGAAACACAGGCAACAGCGAGUCAUGAAAUUCACAAGACAGUAAGAGCUACUAUCUUCAUCCGAAUGUUUCUGGCGCCUCUUUGUGCAAUCCUUUCUGUCUUUAUCUUUGGAUGCCUUGGUCAGCCUUAUCUAGAAUUGGCAGGUGAUCCUGUAUUUCUUGUUGCUAUCAUUAUUGCAGGAUGUACACCUACAUCGAUUAAUCUAGCACAAAUCACUCAAGCAAAUAGAGUCUUUCAAGAUGAAAUGCUACAUGUAUUAUUUUGGAGUUAUGGAGUAGCUUGUAUACCAGUAUGUAUAGCCGUUGUCUUUGCUGCGCUCUUUAUAGUGAAGCACUUGGCUACAUAA